AGGAAGGAAUCGUCUCCGACUCCAUCGGCAAUAACAUCUGACCACGAGACCUUGACGGCUGCUGAACGCCGACAGCGACAAGCGCUCGAGUAUGGAGAGGAGGACUUUGUUACUGAUGUUAUUCAGCAACGGAUUGCGGACGUCCCUAUACCAAAACUCCCACUUCCUUCCAACAGUGAUGGGAAUCAUUGGAUCAUCCGAAUGCCGAACUUCGUCAAGAUAGAUUCACAGCCUUUCCACCCUGACACCUACCGUGGCCCAGAGGCGGAUCUUGAUUUGGCUGAACAAGCCGAGACUAUACGCGAACGAAGUAUGAGCAUCAAAUUAGAAGUCGAGAACACUAUACGAUGGAGAUGGGCCGCUCGACCCAAUGGCGAGGAGGUGCAACAAUCGAAUACACGCAUGAUCAGAUGGUCAGAUGGUUCCAUGAGUCUUCAAGUAGGGAAGGAAAUUUUUGACAUCGCGAUUAACGUCGAUAAUUCUGCUGCCAUCCCACGUGCUGGGGCACAAACGGGUCCGCAAACGCCCGCAAGGCAGGCCUCCGCCGACCAAUCGGUCUUCCCAACUGGCCCAGUCCAAGCGGAGGGAUUAUCGUAUCUCGUUGCGCAACACAAAUCAUCCGCCGUUCUUCAGGCAGAGGCCCUCAUUACAGGAGUCCUGUCUCUCCGUCCAACUGGGAUGCAGUCGGAGACGCACAAAAGGCUUGUACGCGCAGUCGGACAAAAGCAUAACAAAGUUGCUCGUCUCCGCAUUGCUCCGGAGAUGAUUCGAGAUUUAGAUUCGGAGAAGGCGACCUCUGGGAAGAAGCGGAAGUCUAUGGCUGGUGCUCGUAAGAAAUAUGAUGUUGAUUCAGACUCGGACGGUGGCCUUGAACGGAGACGGCGCCAGCAACGACGUUCGUCGCACGGACGUAACCGUUCUUCCCGUAACGUGUAUUCUGACGAUGAGGAAGAGGAAGAAGAGCCCGAAGCGGUCGCUACCGACGAAGAUGAAGAGUCUGGAACGAGGAAACGACGUCCCAUUGCCAAACCAAAACGGGAGAUCGCUGGGUCUUACGAGGCAGACGAUUUUGUGGUGGAUGAUCCGCCGUCAGAGAAGGAUGGCGAUGAAGAGGAACAAGAUCAACCCGAAGAAGAAGAUGGCGAACCUGAUGACCUAGACAAAAUAGAUCAGCAGAUAGAACGACAAACCCGACAGCGCCGACAGGAGGCUCCAAAACAUAGUGAUCACAAUGCAGAAGAAGACUCUGUUGACAUGGACAUGAGCGAGUCGGAAGGAGACCAGAGUCCAGGUGUCGUCCGCAAGCCUGCAGCACCUGGGAGAAAGAAAAUCAUUAUUGAAGAUGAGGAUGAGUAG